AUGGAGCUUGCUGUGCUCUUUAUCACACUGUUCGCCAUGGCCUUUAUGAUCGCUGCCAACACGCCUUUGGAAACACCGCGACAAGCUAUCGGCGGAGCAUUUAUUGCCGGAGUCCUUUCACUCCUCGGCGGCGCCCCAUUCGUUGCGGAAAUACUCUCUUCAACUGUGAGAAAUCUCUGGAAAGAAGACAUCCCUCUAGAGGAUUACAUGGAGCACCGACCAAGGGUAUUCCAUCGCAGCCGCGCUAAGUUCGACACUGGCGAUCGGUUCUACCACAAAUAUGGUGUUUGCUGCAGCGAAAGAGGGAACUGCGUGUCUUGCUUGAAGCAACAGGCCGAAGAUGCUCGGAGAUUCGUAUGGAUGGGCCAGGACGAGCUCGAUAGGAGGAUGAAAGAAGAACUCGCUAAAUAG